AUGGGCUCGUGUGACCCCCAGGGCCCGGCCCACCUCGCCCUCCCCGGCCUUCCUCGGCGGCGCCGCGCCCGGAUCCCGGCCCACCCGGGCCGCAGAGAGUUCGGAACAGACCGCGGGGAGGAGGGCGCCGGGGCGCCCGGCCCCCGCGGGGACCCCCCUCCCGACCUCCAGCCCCCGACCACCUGCUGCAUGAGCGGCUGCCCCAACUGCGUGUGGGUGGACUACGCCGAGACGCUGCUGCGCCACUACCAGGACGGGGGCGAGCGCGCCCUGGCCGCGCUGGACAGCCAUGUGACCGACGAGAACCUCAAGGCCUUCAUCCGCAUGGAGAUCCAGCUCCGGGCCAGGGCCGGCCGCUGA